UGUGUGAGUGUGUGAGUGUGAGUGUGUGUGGGGGGGGUGCAGGAUGGUGGUUUACCAUAAGCAGUUUGAGACCGCUGGGCGGGAGACUGGUGUGCAGGUGUGGCGGGUGGAGAAGCUGGAGCUGGUGCCGGUGCCCGACAGUCUGAUCGGCAACUUCUAUGUGGGAGACGCCUAUCUCCUGCUGAGGACCGUCCUCGGCGCCCACCACUCCUCCUACAACCUGCACUUCUGGUUAGGUAAGGAGUGCAGUCAGGAUGAAAGCACCGCCGCUGCGAUUUUCACCGUCCAGAUGGACGACUACCUGAGAGGGAGUCCUGUUCAGUUCCGAGAGCUACAGGGAUACGAAUCCAACACCUUCGUUGGGUAUUUCAAGGGGCACCUGAAGUACAAGGCUGGCGGUGUGGCUUCAGGGUUCAAACACGCUGUUACCAAUGACCUCUCCGCUGAGAGGCUGCUGCAUAUUAAAGGAAGGAGAGUUGUCAGAGCAACAGAGGUGCCUCUCAGUUGGAGUAGCUUCAACAAAGGAGACUGUUUCAUCGUGGAUCUAGGAGCAGUAAUCUAUCAGUGGUGUGGGUCAAAGUGCAACAAGUACGAGCGUCUCCGGGCUGCCCAAGUUGCUGCAGGAAUUCGAGACAAUGAAAGAAAAGGAAGAGCACAACUCAUUGUUGAAGAGGAAGGCCAAGAGUCCACAAGUAUCAUCAAAGUCCUUGGCAAGAAACCAGAAUUGUCUGAAGGUGACGACGAUGAUGACACUGUCGCAGACAUGACCCACAGGAAGAUGGCCAAGCUCUUUAUGGUUUCGGAUGCGACUGGGUCUAUGCAAGUGUCAUUGGUGUCAGAUGUAAACCCUUUCUCGUGUGACUUGCUCUUGUCUGAAGAAUGCUUCAUACUGGACAAUGGAGCAAACAACAAAAUCUAUGUGUGGAAGGGUAAACAUGCCAACCCAGAAGAAAGAAAGGCAGCCAUGAAGACGGCUGAAGGAUUCAUAAAGCAAAUGGGCUACUCAGCGAACAGUCAGAUACAAGUGCUUCCUGAAGGUGGAGAGACUCCAAUCUUCAAACAGUUCUUCAAGAAUUGGAAAGAUGUCAACCAGAGCGAGGGAUUCGGACAAGUGUACACCACAGAGACAAUUGCAAGAAUCAAACAAAUUGAAUUUGAUGCCUCAAAGCUGCACUCUUGUCCACAGAUGGCUGCAAAACACAACAUGGUGGAUGAUGGUUCAGGAAAAACAGAGAUCUGGCGUGUUGAGAGCAAUGGUCGCAUUCCUGUUGACGAAAGUACAUACGGGCAUUUUUUUGGGGGAGAUUGUUACAUCAUUCUUUACACGUACAGAUCGGGUCAGAUCAUCUACACCUGGCAAGGAAUGACUGCAACAAAAGAUGAAAUCACCAUGUCCGCAUUCCUCACCGUCCAUCUCGAUCGGUCACUUGGCGGAGGAGCUGUUCAAGUUCGGGUGACUCAAGGCAAGGAGCCUUCCCAUUUGCUCAGUUUGUUUAAAAACAAACCACUCAUCAUUUAUAAAAGUGGAACAUCGCGGAAAGGAAAUCAGAACCCUGUUCCCUCAAAACGUCUUUUUCAAAUCAGAAGAAACUUGGCAACUAUUACCAGAAUUGUGGAGGUUGAUUUUGAUGCCCAGUCUUUGAAUUCCAAUGACGUUUUCGUGCUCAAGAUACCAAAUGCUGCCUAUAUCUGGGUUGGAAAAGGAGCGAGCUGUGAGGAGGAGGCAGGGGCCCAAUACCUGUUGUCUGUACUAAAGUGUCAGGCGACCAGUAUUAUUGAAGAGAAUGAACCAGAUGACUUUUGGAAAUCGCUUGAUGGAAAGAAGGAAUAUCAGACAUCAGCUCUGCUACAAAGCGGUAGUGAUGACCAUCCACCCCGAUUGUUCGGGUGUUCGAAUAAAACUGGACGGUUCAUUAUUGAAGAGGUACCGGGCGAAUUCACACAAGAUGACUUAGUUGAAGAUGAUGUCAUGCUGUUGGAUGUUUGGGAUCAGGUGUUCAUCUGGAUUGGCAAUGAGGCUAAUGAAGUGGAGAGAAAGGAAUCAAUAAAGAAAGCAAAACAGUACAUUGAAACAGAUCCAUCCGGAAGAGACGGAGGAACUCCAAUCAUCAUAAUUAAACAGGGAUAUGAACCCCCAACAUUCACAGGCUGGUUUCUUGGUUGGGACCCAAGCAAAUGGACUGGGGAUCCCACAAAGAUAGCUAUGGCUUCACUGAAAGUGGCAUAGAAACUAACCAGGUCCCAUAAAAACUAUAACUUGACAUAACUUUCCAAAAGCAAACAUUUAUUAUACUAAAUAUGUCCAAAUUGCAAUUUAAAAUUUCUGCCUGAUUCAAAUGUAACGCAUUCACAUCAUGCUUUAAAACAUCUGCUGGUAUCAUGUUAUUUGGCUUUUUUUGACUCAUGUAACAUUUGUAAUUUGUAAUGGGGUUUAAAUAAUAAAGGUAAUAAAGCAACAA